CAAGAUUGACAUUCUCGGUGGCCGCCGCGGGCAAGAUCAAGAACGAUAGCAAGAGUAGGAGGAGGAGAUUUGUGGGCAUGGCUUGAAGUUCUUAAUUGAUCGGAAACGGGAAUUUGGGAAGAAGGGUGUUGGUGGUGUUCAUCAUUUCUUGAACGGAACGGGACGGCUUCUACUUCCACUGGUUCGACGACGAGGACUGAGUAGUAAGUAGAACCGUAGAAGGAGGUCGUUUCCUGAUUGAAACAUGCAGAGCGGUGGCGUAACGGCGUCACCGCCACUUGCUCAGACUAUUUCUCUCUGUAUGAUAUAAUUAUCUACAUCAAUCAUGAAUGUGAAUCUCUGAAGGCCACCGGGUUUCUUGUCCCAAGUUGGAUCCGAGAUUCAGGUUUUCUGCCGCGAAAUGGAUCAACCAAUUCCUGCAAACGGAGUUGAAGAAGUUCCGCUGCUUCCAUCGUGUGCCAACGAGCACGGAGGUGUCAUUGUGGAAAUGGCGGAGCCUAUGGAUCCGAAUGAUUUUAGAGCUGUUCUUAGACGUUCACUUUCCCAGUGGAAGCUGCAGGGAAUAAAAGGAGUGUGGAUCAAGAUACCGGUUGAGUUUGUCAAUCUUGUUGAAACCACAGUCAAGGAGGGAUUUUUGUAUCACCAUGCUGAACCUCAAUACUUGAUGCUUGUGAACUGGAUAUCCGAAACCCCGAGCACCAUCCCAGCCAAUGCAACUCACCAGCUCCGGAUCGGUGCUGUUAUUAUGAAUGAAAACAGAGAGUUGCUCGUCGUUCAGGAAAAGCACGGCCGGUUUAAAGGAACUGGUAUUUGGAAAAUCCCCACAGGAAUUAUCGAAGAGGCGGAAGAUAUCUUUUCAGGCGCGCAACGGGAAGUGAAAGAGGAAACGGGAAUCGACACAGAAUUCAUCGACGUGCUGGCAUUCAGACAAACGCACGAGUCGUUUUUCAAGAAGUCGGAUCUAUUAUUCCUAUGCAUGCUGCGCCCUCUGUCGUUCGAGAUUCAUAAGCAGGACUCAGAGAUCGAUGCAGCUCAGUGGAUGGCUAUUGCAGAAUACUCUGCGCAACCAUUUGCCGAUGGACAUUGGAUCUUCAAGUGCGCGGCCGAUGUCUGUCUGGCGAAGGUCGACAAGGGCUGUGCGGGAUUCACACCACACCAAAUCUCUUCGACAAGCUAUCUUUACAUGAACAAAGAUGGUCUGAACCUGUGAGAUUCCUUGUAUAACUUAUCUGUGUGUGAUAGUUUCGACAGUUUUAAGGAAGUUGUGUGCAAUGAUACUAGAUUAGAUUAGAUAAUGUAUGGCUGGUCGAGUUGAAAAUGUGUAGAGAUGGAAUAAAGGCAAAUUUCUCAGC